AUGGCGGGCGUUUCUGCAGGCAGCUCGUCGCCGUCGACAGCUCUGCUUUGCUCCUGCGGUGGCUCCGGAAGUUCGCUCCGCAUCCACGAGCGGAAGCAGAGCAGAGAGUCAAGCGUAUCGCCGGUGGCUUCCACUGACAGAGCCAACACCACCACCACUCCCGUCUCCACCGCCGCCCCGUACCCGCGCACAUCGCUGUCCAGCCCGACGCUGGAGAAGAACCCCCUCGACGAGCACGUGCCUGCUCCCAAGGACUCGCCCACAGCAGACCACCUCCGUCAACAUGCGGCACGACUGCGAUCGCCAUGGCGCUGCUCUUUCCUCACCCUCGCGACCAGCGUCUCCGCCGUCAUCCUGCUCUUCACCAUCAUACACUCCUUCCUCAAUCGCCAACAAGACCCCAAAGGAUGCGCCAUGUCCUACAUGAUGCCGCGCUUCAACCACUUCGCCGACUUCGACACCGAACACACUCGCUUCGCAAGCAAAUACUCGCUCUAUCUAUAUCGAGAAGGAGGCGUGGAUGAGGAUACAAGAGUAAAGGGGAUUCCAGUGCUCUUCAUUCCAGGAAACGCAGGCAGCUACAAGCAGGUGCGGCCAAUAGCAGCAGAGGCAGCCCGCCACUUUCAUGAUGUGCUGCGAAUGGAUGAGGGGGCGAUUGCCGCAGGAAAGAGACCGCUGGACUUCUUCACAGUCGACUUCAAUGAAGAGCUGAUUGCUUUUCAUGGCCAGACCUUGCUGGAUCAGGCAGAAUAUCUGAACGAGGCUGUGGCUUACAUACUGGCACUCUACCAUCAGCCGUCACGCUCGCAGAGAGAACCUGGACUGCCAGAUCCCAAGUCUGUCAUGAUCUUGGGUCACUCGAUGGGUGGUGUAGUUGCCAGGACGAUGCUGAGGAUACCGAAUUAUCAGGAGAAGACUAUCAACACAAUCAUCACCCUCUCAGCCCCACACGCGAGACCUCCCAUCUCGUUCGACCCAGCCAUGGUGGAGGCGUACAACGACGUGAACACGUUCUGGAGAGAAUCUUACUCUGGCAUGAGCGCAGGAAAGAACCCAUUGGAUGACAUGACCUUGGUUUCGGUUGCUGGAGGAGGCUUGGAUACCAUGAUCCCAUCUGAAUACACCAGUUUGACUUCUCUCGUGCCAGAUACGCACGGUUUUACAGUCUUCACCUCGAGUAUCCCUAAUGUCUGGACCGGCAUGGAUCACUUGGCAAUCAUGUGGUGUGACCAGUUUCGCAAGGCGCUGGUGAGGGCGAUGUUUGACGUUGUUGAUGUUCGACGUCCCUCACAAACGCGAGGUCGACCAGAAAGGAUAAGAGCGUUCAGGAGGAGGCUCUUGACGGGCAUGGAGCCAGUCGUGGAGAAGGGCUUGCUCGAUGAGGAGCCGAAUUUCUUCCUCACGCUCGAACACGGCUCGACUGCCAUCAUGUCGCACGGCGAGCGUCUUGUAUUGCGAGGACUCGGUGACGGUGGCGCUACAAAGGCCCACGUCAUGCCCAUCCCUGCUCAGCCCUUCGUCGAAGGCAGCAAGUUCACUCUCCUGACUGAUCAGACUCUCGAUGCCAGCGACGAAGAAGGCUCGCUCUCUGUACUCCUGUGCAGUGUCUUUCCACCGCCUACUGGGUUCUCGGUGUUGUCGUAUGCCAUCAACUUGGAUUCAUCGGGCAACUCGGCCGGAUCGACUAGGCUUGCCUGCAAAAGUGCUGCUUCCGAUGUUUCCUUGCUACCAGCAUCGACGAAUCAUUCCACCAAUGCGUUCGACAAUGCUCGGCCGUUCUCAUACUUGCAGUAUGAUCUAUCGACAAUCGCGGACUACCAAUUCAUCGCCGUGCUUGAAAAGGCAAAGGAACGAACACCUGGCUGGGUGAUUGCAGAGUUCAGCCAAGCUUCUGAGUCGUCAAUCAAAGUCAGCAAGGGGCACCAUCAACUGCUCAUGCGCGGCCUGAAACUCACUCUACCAGCUGAUCGGCCCAUGAUGACUGAGCUCAAGAUUCCAGAAGUACACUCUACGCUCUUCGCAUACAGCCUGGAGGUCAACCGCCGACACUGCUACCAAUAUGACGAGAGCUUCGCUCCUCUCAUGCGUCAGUACAUUGCUGAGCCGUACGAGUCCAAGUAUUUCGUCAACACCAAAGGUGGCAACAUCAACGUGCAUGGACUCUCUCCAUACAUGCCGCCACCAUUGAGCGGUGGUGCGACUGAUGGGCUGUCCUUGCAGUUCUGGACGGAUCCAACAUGCAAUUCGACGGUUGAGGUGUCCCUCAAGGUUGACAAGCUCGGCAGUGCUGGAAAGCUGGUGAUGCGGUACAGAACCGUCUUCGCCGCUUUCCCACUGCUUGUUGUUGCUCUAGUCCUGCGCAAACAGUUCAAGGUCUACGACACGACCGGCAUUUUCAUGAGCUUCACCCACAGCAUGGACCAAUGCAUCCGGUCAUCGCUGCCUGCCAUCUUUGUAGCACUGACCUUUUUCGGAAUUGCAGUCUCAAAGUCGAGCCACAGUAUUUGGACGCGGCGGUUACUCAGUACAUCGACAGGAACUUCAGAGCAGACCAUUGACUUUACUGUCAACGAUCUCAUGCUCGGCACUUCGGAUCCCUUCUUCUGGUUUCUGGUACCGCUGUUUGCCAUCAUCAGCGUGGGUAUCUGCAUCACGAUGAACUACGUCGUCCUGAUUUUGACGCACAUCUUCGCCACUACCCUCACCCGGAUCCGCUCCUGGGCCAAGUCGAACGCUGAAGAUGCGACAAAAACUCAGCACCCAACCUCAUUCACCAUGAACCAGCGUAUUGUCACCACCGGCAUCUUGGUCUUGAUGGUCGUUACAGUCAUUCCAUACCAAUUCGCCUACAUGGUGCUGUGCAUUGUUCAAGUUGCUACAUGCAUUCGCGCACUGAAAACCGCGCAAGAGACUCAGACGCCCCAGAGCUACAACUUCUACAACUACACCCACUCCAUGUUGGUGCUCAUGCUCUGGAUUCUACCCAUCAACAUGCCAGUGCUGGUGGUGUGGGUACACAACCUGGCGGUCCACUGGUUGACCCCCUUCUCAACCCAUCACAACCUGCUGUGCGUGCUCGGGUACAUCUUGCUGGUCGAGAUGAUGAGCACGAGCAACAUGAUACCACGCGUUACGAGUCGCAUCCGUUAUCUCACCAACACCUUAAUGUUUGGAUUCGCCAUCUACGCCGCUGCUUACGGCGUCACUUACGCCUACCGGAUGCAUUACCUCGUCAACGCGCUGUGUUUCUGGCUGUUCAUCAUACAUCUCUCCAAUGGGCCCAUCUCGCUGGCGAGCUUGGCACAGUACAUCACCGGGUCUUCUGGCCCGGAAACUCCGCCAUCCUCCUCGCGGCAAGGCAAGAAACGACCUUGA